AUGUCUUGUACGUGGGUGGUGGUGCUGAGUGGUGGCAAGCUGGUGUCGGCCCUUGUCACCGGACCAGCCAACAACAAUUCUGUGCGGUUCCUGGUGUUCGGCGACUGGGGCGGACUGCCUUUCUACCCGUACACGACGCGGAUCCAACGAAACCUGGCCAAGACCAUGGCGGUCGUGGCGGCUGCCAAACGCAUCGACUUCGUCCUAUCGCUCGGGGAUAACUUCUACUUCAAGGGCGUCCGUUCGGUCGACGACCGGCGUUUCAAGAGGACAUUCGAGGACGUGUACUCCGCGCCAUCCCUUCAAGUUCCAUGGCUCAUAGUGGCUGGAAACCACGACCACGACGGCAACGUGUCGGCUCAGAUCGAAUACAGCAAAAGGUCAAAGCGCUGGCACUUCCCCUUCUACUACUACAAUAGGACCUAUCAGAUCCCUGGUGCUGCCAAUCACACUUUGGACAUUUUGAUGCUGGAUACGGUGUUGCUGUGCGGAAACACGGAUCCCGAGGACGAGGAGUCUCAGCCUGCAAACAGGAACGAGGCACUCUACAAUCGACAGUUCCGAUGGAUCGACAAAAACCUCGCACAAUCCAAAGCCCGGUACGUACUGGUGGCUGGCCACUAUCCUAUCUACUCUGCCUGCUCCCACGGGACCACCAAGUGCUUGGAGCGGGACCUGGACCCACUGCUGCAGAAAUACCACGUAAACGCUUACUUGGCUGGCCACGACCAUGAUCUACAGCACAUCCGUCCUGAGAGGCGCGGCUGGAACGUGGAGUACUUCAUCAGCGGCUGUACGAACUUCAUCAACCCGUCGCUUAUCCACCGCCGGUCUCUCCCGCGGAACUCUCUGAAGUUUGCCUGGGCCUCGGUGUUCAGCUACGGUGGGUUCGCCUACAUGGAGGUUGCAGAGGACUCCAUGGUGGUCUCUUUCUACGACUCGGGCGGCAAAAUCCUCCACGAGAAUGUGCUGAAACCUCGACCGCCUUCCGUCUCACCUGGAAGAGCAGCUUGGCAGUGACUGCCUGCGUGUCUCUUGCGCUGUCCUUAUUUAUUUUGCUUUGCACUGUUGCGUUACAG